AACUUGGAACACUUUAGCAGUUUCUCAAAGGAGGAGGAGGGCAGAGCAGGUAAGAUGAUCAGCUCUGGGCUUAGCAAAGCACCUGUUCAGAGUCCUCUGAGCUUGUGAGUCAGGUUACUUAUUGAUGGGCAGGUAACAAAGAACAGGCUGGGAAGACUGGAGCAGUGAAAGGGCAGUGAAAGGGCUGUGCAGCAGUUCGAACUAAGAACAGCAGCUAGAGUGUUUUGCUGUUUCUUCCACUAACUAUGCUGACGACCACAAGUGUGUGUGUGUGUGUGUGUGUGUGUGUGUGUUAAGCUUUACAAACCUUUGUAACUUUUGUCAGUCAUUGCUUUCCCACUGGAUCUGCUAACAGCUCUGAUCCCCACCCCUUUGCCUGAUUUCCUGCUUGGCAGGUGCAAGCACUUUCUAACGCAUGGGUAGGCAAACUAAGGCUCGGGGGCCGGAUUUGGCCCAAUCGCCAUCUAAAUCUGGCCCAUGGACGGUCCUGGAAUCAGUGUGCUUUUACAUGAGUAGAAUGUGUGCUUUUAUUUAAAAUGUAUCUCUGGGGGAUUUGUGGGGCAUAGGAAUUUGUUCAUUCCCCCCCAAAAAAAUAUAGUCUGCCCCCCCAAGGUGUGAGGGACAGUGGACCAGCCCCCUGCUGAAAAAGUUUGCUGACCCCUGUUCUAAUGCCUUUGUCAAAGCUCUGUUUUCUUCUAUGGUGCUAUGGUUUCUGUGUACUACAUUUACCAGUCUUGAAUCAGCUGUCUAUCUUUGGCUGCUUGGAAGGAUCGUGCCCCACACCCACCCACUUCUUCCAUUUUCUGCCCAGUUGUGUUUCUUCCCGCUUCCCUGAUGCUAACAUAGUGCCCAUUGACAUCAGCUGUGCUGUAAAAAGUGACUCAGCUAGAUGCAUAUUGGCCUACUUAAAUACCCCUGUGGUUUCAAAGGAUGACAAGAUGUCCUUGCAAGCCUGUUUUCUUAAAAAGCCAAAUACUCCUCCAAAAACGUGCCUAUUUUAAUUUCUCCCAUGAAGACAUAAGGAUGUCAGUCACUUUAAUAAAACAAUCCUGUGCAUGUUUAUUCUGCAAAGUAAGUCCUAACAUGUGGCAUGGCAUGGCAUGUAAGUGUGUACAGGACUGCAGUCCCUCUUUAAAAAAACCGACAGAUCCAAAACCUGAAAAUCAGCCCCAUUCGAUAUCAUUCAAACUUCCAAGUUAAUAUGCUUAGGACUGAAGCUUCAGAAUGUGCAUUUUGACCACCAAUGUUUCCUGAUUGUUGUAGAAAAUAUGAGAAGAAAAUAUGGAAGAUGAGUAACGUGCUUGAAAAUUGUAUUUCCUGAUUUUGAGCAUAGUAGACUUAAUCCUGACCAUAUCAGCCCCGCUUGAUCUUCAAAGCAGGGACUUAAUUAUCUCAAAGGGUACCGUUAUUUUGAAGUUUCCAUCCUUAGCCAAAUUUGAUGGAGGCAGACCUAUUCUCUGCAAGGCUGCCCCAGUGACCUGGGGCCAAUCUAGAGAGCCAAAUGGGGUGUGCAGCUGAGACCCCUCUGCUUCUUACCCACAGCCCCUCAUCCCAGAACUUUUUCUCCCAGCCCUGUGUGCAUCUCCAGCAUCAAAGCUCACCUGGGUGGAGAGCAUGUAGAGAGACAUGCCGCACGGAUUAAUGGUGGAGAGGAGGGUUCAACACCAUCGCUACUUCUUCUUAAGUUGGACAUCUGCUGUGUGUGUGUGUGUGUGUGUGUGUGUGUGUGUGUGGAGAGAGUCAUGCCUUUAAAUAGAACUUCUGCUGUUCCUUGCAGUUGGGGUCUAAACUGAGAUACUGAUCAAAACUCCAGGGCCGGUCCUGCCACUGAGCAGAGUGAGAUGGAAUCCUCAGUUGGAAUGCAGGACCCAGCUUUGCGCAUCAUGCAGCUAAACUAGCCAGUCUUUGUGUAAGGUUAAACAGCCCAUGCUUCAAUAUGCCACCACUGUUGAAUUGGUCCUGAGACCUACAGAAAACCCUUUGCUUCUCUCAAAUUUGCAGUCUGCCACCUUGAGUGAGAAUCGUCAGGUCUUAGCAUCAACUGUCAGUCCCCCGUAGCGAUGGAUACUAUUUUUAAAAGUCAGGAUUUUGAAAUCAACAGAUCUAUAAUUGGACUAAAAUGAGGUUAAUCAGAUUCAUUCAGAAUGACGUUCACCGUCAAGAUAGGGAGCACUGGAGAUGCUAGCAGAAUUAGCAUCUUGAGAUGCAUUCAUUCUAAAACUUACUGAAUUACUUUUAAUUGGCUUAGAAAACUUCAAGGCUGCAGUGCUCGAUAUAUACACUUACAAGAGAGCAAGUCUAACUGAACACAUUGGGGCUUACUUCUGAGUAAGCAUGGAUAAGAUCAGGCUGUACAUUUGCAGGGUGGGGAAUGCAUGAUAUGUGAAGACACACAGCACAAUCUUAACACGUAGACUCAUAGAAUUGUAGAGAUGGGAGGGAUCCUGAGGGUCAUCUAGUCCAACUCCCUGCAAUGCGUACUCUGAAUUAAGUACCCCUGUGCUCAGUGGGUCUUACACAAGGGUAAAUGUGCAUAAGACUGCAGCUUUGGGGUGCGUUAAGUGGACACUGGCUGUCAAAGCAUAGCCCCUUGGCAAGCCUAGGGAUGUGAAACUACCGUAUUUUUUGCACCAUAACACUCACUUUUUUCCUCCUAGAAAGUAAGGGGAAAUGUCUGUGAGUGUUAUGGAGGGAAUGCCUAUGGGUGGCAUGCCUACGGAUUUUCCUCCUCUAAAAACUACGUGCGUGUUAUGGUUGGGUGCGUGUUAUAGAGCGAAAAAUACGGUAUUUUGUUUUCAUUGUCUCCUAAAUAUUUCCCUGUUGUCACCGCACUGAGAAAAGUGUUUCGCUCCUCACAACCCAAGGCAAGUGCCUCAUAAAUACUUUGAUUUGCUUUACAUGGCUCCAUUUCCUUCAAGUCCACAGUAAACACCAAAUUAGCGACUGGGAAAUAAAGGUUAGUUUUAAUUCAAAGUAACAACUUUGAAUAUCACAGUAGAGUUACAUUUAGCUCUGUUUGUCUUCAUGAUGUAGCCAUCAAUGGAAGGUUUCCUUAUAGGGAUGGGGAAGAAAUUGGAUUCAGUUUGCUUUUUAAGCAAAUCUACCUAAUUCACACUUUCUAAACAGUAAGCAAAAUGAAACACAGCCAUCCUUCAAAAUUCAGACUUCUUUGAAUGUUGCAAUGCAAUUCACCAGCCAAGUAAUGUGCACAAAUAUGCAUAUACCAAGGUAAAGGUAAAGGUAAAGGGACCCCUGACCAUUAGGUCCAGUCGUGACCGACUCUGGGGUUGCAGCGCUCAUCUUGCUUUAUUGGCCGAGGGAGCCGGAGUACAGCUUCUGGGUCAUGUGGCCAGCAUGACUAAGCCGCUUCUGGCAAACCAGAGCAGCGUAUGGAAACACCGUUUACCUUCCCGCCAGAGCGGUACCUACUUAUCUACUUGCACUUUGAUGUGCUUUCGAACUGCUAGGUUGGCAGGAGCAGGGACCGAGCAAUGGGAGCUCACCCCCGACCCCCGACCUUCUGAUCGGCAAGUCCUAGGCUCUGUGGUUUAACCCACAGCACCACCCACGUAAAUGGUGCAUAAAACUCCAUAUAGUUUCCUAUCCCUGCUUGAGCACAGAAGGACUUCUAUGCAUACUAUACAUGGAGUCCCAAGCCGAGUUUCUCAUGCAUGUUGUAUGUAGCACUUAACAUUCAGUUGCUCCUUUUUUUUUUUUACUGUGACCAAGCUGGAACUAGAGUAAUUCCAUUCCAUUGCUUGUAACUUAGCCAGCAAGAUUGAUUGCAUGCCUCUAUUGUUCCAUACCUAAUAGUCUCCUGUUCUGUAAUGCAGCUGAAUAAAUCCUUAAUGUUUUUUUUCUCCCCCCUAGCUUCAACCAUGGAGAAGAGCCUCAUAUCGGUAUUGCUUUUGCUUGUCGCCGUCUCAUACAUUUCAGCGAAAGACACUACUGUGAAAAGUGAAAAGAAGGAUGUAAAAGAAACCCGUCCCAAACUGCCCCAGACUCUCUCCAGAGGUAAAGGAAUGCUAGCUGAGUGCAGUGGGAAUACAAGGUGUUUUUUUUUUAACCCUUUAUCAAAAUACUAGAACCCAAGACCAUCCAAUGAAGCAAAAUGAUGGGAGAUUCAGAACAGACCCAAGUGGGUUUGUAGCAAUUAGAGUGUUGUACUAGGACAUGGGAAACCAGGGUUCCAAUUCCAAUUCACUCAUGAAACUCACUGGGUGACCUCUCUUAGCCUAACCUAUCUCACAAGGUUGUUCUGAUGGAUCCUGCCUUUUGAAAACUUACAAAACUGCACAAUCCAACAUAUGUCUACUUGGAAGUGAGUUUCACUGAGUUUGGUGAGGCUUACCCCUUAUACGUUGUUAUAAGAUUGUAGUGUAAGAGGGUCUUUUCUCAGUAAGAAGGGGUGCAUAUUAUUUAAAUAAGGAAGCCUCAGGAGACAUUUCUCCAACAGUCAGUAAUUCGUAGCAGGUAAUUAUCUAAAUUUCACAUUGAACUUGAAAUGAGUGCUAGUUCAGAUUAAUGCCAGCAUUUGAAGAAAUCAUUGCAAUUAAUCAAUGGGUUGGGGGGGGGAAGCGUAUUUACGCAAAUCCAAUGCACCAUCGAAUCUAACGCACACCUCAAUUUUCAAAACCUUGAAACCAAAAAAUGUAUUUGCUAGCAAAUGUAAAUGCGCCACCAAAUCUGAGGUGCACCCUAAUUUUUGCAACGUAAUUUGGCCGAGAAAGGUGCAUAUUACAUUCGAGUAAAUACAGUAACCCCUAAAAAUAUAGUAUUGGCAGGAGGUAGUUCGGCUAACUGGCAUAAGCUUAUAUAGCUGGAUUUGUUUAUAUUAGUGAUUUGUUUUAUUUUAUUUGCUGUAUUAUGUUUCUAUGCCACUUUUCAUUUGAAUGUAUCCCAAAGCAUCUUACAAACAAUAAAUAAUAACGACAUGACAGAACACAAUAAACAUGACAAAACAUCACAAACACAGCAUAAAUCAUAUAGGAUAAUUCACAAAUCAUCAGGGAAACAAUUGCAAUCUAUAAAACACUGUUAACAAAACAACAACUAAAAAACAAGCCGAACAUCACAAUGUAAGCAAAAGUCAUAUUACAUGAUUAACAAAUACAGCAUUUAUAAUCUAUAAAAUAAUAUCAACAUUAACAAAAUAGCAUCAAAGACUCACAAUCUUUCACUCUGUUCAGCUCAUUAAAAUACACAUACACAUCAUGUCAUGAAUGCAACUCCCUUCUGAAGGUUCCUCAGACUGGAAUUGAGGCAGCACAGAUUAAACCAACCAACCCCUGAUGUCAAACAGAAAGUCUCUCUCCCCUCACAAUUCUUCCUCUGGAAACAGCUCCCUUAUCAUGGCUUCUAGGGCUGGAGGGUAGGGCAAGGCAGGUGGGAAAAGCCAUUGUCUGAUGGCCAGCACUAAGCCUCACUUAGAGUUGCCUUUGUUCAGGACUCAGUUCAGUUGCCAUGUGUCCUCUUUUUCCAGGACACAUCCUCUUUUUCAUGGGUAUGUAAAAUGUGUGUUGUCAUAGUGAUCCAUAGUUAAAAGUAGAAGUCGGCAAAUGGGCCCUCUUCCUUGCUCUUCAAAAAUGGCAACCCUACAAGUGGUUAUGGGAUUAAUGCCUCCUCAGUCACAAUAUGCUUUAAAACUAAAUUCCAUUCAUCAUUUCCUUUCAGGCUGGGGGGAUCAGCUUAUCUGGACUCAGACUUAUGAAGAAGCUCUCCAUAAAGCCAGGACUAAGUAAGUCCCCCUAUCUUCACAUGGUUUUCACUAUGGCGUGUGAAGGUCUCCUCCUUCCACUCUAAGAAAUGAGAAAUGUUUCAGAACCUUAAAUCUUAAGUGAUUGAGAUUUUUGUCCAUCACGAGUUUUGCUCUUUUUAUCGCCUGCUACUGUGAGAUUCUAAAAUGGACCUUUUCUUCUUUUCAGCAACAAACCUAUAAUGGUCAUCCACCACUUAGAAGACUGCCCUCACAGUCAAGGUACCAUUCUCUCCAACAGAUACAUAAUCUUUUGGUCUACACCCAAGCAAACACAAUUGCUAUCAAUAACAACAACAACAAUAAACCGGCUCUUUUUACACUGAAAGUGUAAUCUAUAUUUUUAUCCUGUACUUAAUAACUGGGGAGGUUUAGAUGAAUGGAAGGCAGAAAUUUCUAUUUACAUUUUCCCCCCUCUCAGAAAUGAUCACAGUCAGAAACAGAGAUUCACACAUUUGUUCAUAAUGAUAGCCUGUCCACACAUCGUAUGAAUGCCCAAACUCCAUGCAUUCAUUGACAGUUGUGAAUAUGUUUUCUGUUCACUUAAGAGACUGGCUUUCAGGCAGGCCUUAGAUCCAGCACGUCUCUCCUUAGAAAUGAAACAUUCAUUGUAUAAUUCAAACUAGAGUGACAUAGCAUGAGUAAGUCAAUAAGUGCAGUUUCCUGUCUUAAACUGCAAUCCUGUGUCUACUCAGAAGUAAGACCCCUUGAAUUCAGUGAGGCUUACUUCCUGGUAAGUGGAGUUUGGAUUUCAGCCUCAGGCUUCUUGUGAAUUCCUUUGCUAAGCAAAAGAAUCCAGGUUUCAAAAACCCAAAACAUUGAUUGCGAUAACCUUGACCUCCUUUUGUUCCCAGACCUGUUUCUAAACUUUUCCAGACCUGUUUCUUUCAUUUUACAGUGAUUUGUAUUAGGCCUUCAGGCCUUAAGCGUUCAUGAAUUUUUAUUUGAUCUGUACUGACAAUAGAUACAUAAUGUUCUUUCUAUGUUUCAGAUUCUUUCUUUUUUUCUAAUAGUGAGUAUAAUUUCUUCUUCUCCCAUUCUAGCACUGAAGAAGGUAUUUGCUGAACACAAAGAGAUACAGAAAUUGGCUGAGAAGUUUGUUCUCCUCAAUCUUGUUGUAAGUUUUCUUUGACACUUGACCAAGUGCUCUCUUUUGUAAUAGAGCAAUUAUUCUCUAGGCCAAGUUUCAAGUAGAUCUACCAGUAUUUAAUUCUACCUAGAGCUGGUUCACACAGGGCAUCUUUCCAAAAUGGAAGCAAUCUGUAUACGGGUGGUUGCUGUUUUUAGAAAAAUAGGCAAGUGUUUAGAUUGCCAUGAUUAUUAGGAAAGUAAUAUAUAAAUAGGGUUGCCAUAUUUCGAGAAGUAAAAAUCCAGACACAAACAGUUGUUGAGCUUUUUUGGGGGAGGGGGAUCGCCCAAAAAGUUGUUGGCCUAUUUUUGGGCAGACACUUCCUGGUUCUGUUUGCAAAAACCUGGACGCUUUGUCAAUUUUUAAAAAUCCCCCUUGGAUGGAAAUUUCGCCACUGGAAUCCUGGACAUGUCAGGGGAAAACUGGACACAUGGCAACCCUAGUAUAGAGCUUCCCAACAAAACGGAUACCUGUGCAUUCUUCAUGUAUAACAGUUUAAUAUACAUUUUUCUUAUGUGGAUAUUAUCUCCAUAUAGGGAAAAAUACUGUGUUUGAAAUUUAGUGGGUGGAUGUGCUUGCUAAAAUAAUUAUAAUGCUCAUCCAAUCCUCAUUGUGGUCCAAUUCUGUUAUAUUAUACAUUAGGGGAUGGCUGUCACAUCAUCAUCUAUUCCACCUAACCUUUCAUUAUGUUGAAGAAACUGGCAGUGUUUAAUAGAUAUUUUGACUCUUCUCUGUGUGAUCUAAAUGGCUUGCAUCACAGGUAUUUGUAUUUUCUUUUUCUUUUCUUUAAGUAUGAAACCACAGACAAACAUCUUUCACCAGAUGGCCAGUAUGUUCCCAGAAUCCUGUUUGUAGGUGAGUAGCUAAGGGGUCAAAGAGUUCUGUUUUUUUGAGGGGGGGGGACCAUUCCAGGCUGAAUACAGUGAUACCUCUGGUUACACACGCUUCUGGUUACAAGCUCCGCUAACCCGGAAGUAGUGGCUCCUGGUUGCGAACUUUGCCCCAGGAUGCAGUGGGAAGUGUCAUUAGUGAAAGCAUGCCUCAGAAUAAAAAUGGUUUCAGCUUAAGAACAGACCUCCAGAAUGAAUUAUGUUUGUAACCAGAGGUACCACUGUAGCUGAGAUGAGUUAAUAUUUACUGUGGAACGAAAGCUUAAUUUAUCUCCAGGUUGCAUCUCCAAUAUGGGGGAAACAAGGUUUUGCAAGCAUUCCAACUGGAGAAUGUGGCUGUUGCUAGCGAAACCUGAAUCUCCUGUACCACUGGUGUUAUUGAUGUUUUUGCUCAAAGACCUAUAGGAUGGGUCCCAUAAAACCACUCUUAACAUGCAAUACACUUGCCACAUGUCCACCCAGUUUUUAUAAUUUGUAGUACCGUAUUUUUCGCACCAUAGGACGCACCGGACAAUAGGACGCACUUUGUUUUAGAGGGGGGAGAACAAGAAAAAAAAUUCUCCCCCUCUCUGCCCAGCGCCCCUUCAGCGAAGUGGCAGGAGGCGCUGUGCAGAGAGGGGGAGAACUUCCCCUCUUGUUUUCCCACUCUAAAACAAGGUGCCGUUAAGAUGCGUUCAGGCGGCUACCUUGGAAGCCUGGAGAGCGAGAGGGUCGGUGUGCACUGACCCUCUCGCUCUCCAGGCUUCAGGUUCCUUCGACCUGCUCUUUGGGGCUGGCGGGGGGAAGCCCACCACCAGCCCCAAAGAGCAGGUCAGGGAGCAGCGGAAAGGCACAGCGGAGAGGCUCCUGCCAUAGCUGCACGUCACCUCUCCAGCCGGGAGAGGGUCGCGGGGUGCUUCUUUAGCCCCGCGCGCUCUCCCGGCUGGAGAGGUGACGCGCGGCUAUAGAGGCUCCUGUCAUAGCCACGCGUCACCUCUCCAGCCAGGAGAGGGUCGCGGGGUGCUUCUUUAGCCCCACGCGCGCUCUCCCGGCUGGAGAGGUGACGCACGGCUGUAGAGGCUCCUGCCAUAGCCGCGCAUCACCUCUCCGGCCGGGAGAGGGUCGCGGGGCUAUGGCGUCUUCGCUCCAUAGGACGCACACACAUUUUCCCUUCAUUUUUGAAGGGGAAAAAGUGCGUCCUAUAGAGCGAAAAAUACGGUAGCUUUCCCCUCUCCUGUUUUUAAGGAGGGGAUUGAUAAAGGGCCAAAAAAAAGUAGUAGUGUAAAAUGAAACGUUUCACAUUUGCAUCUGCAACAAUAACCUGCCCAAAAUUUAUUUCCAAUAUACUUGCUUCUCUGCAAACAAUGGAGCAUAUGCCCCACUCGUUUUAUUAAAUUGGCUAAAGGGUGGAUUUUUUACACACACUCCAAGGAGUUAACGAAUGACACUGAUCUUAAGAAGAUUCCCCCUCAGGCUGAUGCUGCUCAUUGCUUUAACAUCUACAGCUUACAUUUUACUUAGUUAUUAUUUAGGAUGGGGGUGGAGAAAUCACCGAGUCCCAUUUCUGCCCACCAGCUGUUCAGUGGAAGCAGCUGAAAAGAAAAGCUUUGUUGGUGUACAAAGCCUUGCUAUGGACUUGUGGGGAAUUUAGAUUUCCCUAAAUGCCUGGGUGCCAGAUUCUCUCCAUAAUUCCUGGAUGUAGAAUUAAGCUUUGCCAGACAUGGGAACCCCCAGGAUUUAGUUAUGCUAACAAGCCAAGCCAGCUUGGCAGAGCGAGCUGAAUGGGCCAUUAGUGGAGGAGAAAGACCAGGGAUGGCCCAUCAAGGAAACCGUCAAAGGGCAAGAAUGCCAGGCAAGGGGGAGUGGACCCCCUUCUCGGCUGGGUGCCAGGUUUGGGGUUUCCACUCUGAACAGAGGCGCCAAGUUCUGCCCAACAUUGUGCACAUGUGUUAGGACCACCACAGCUGCCACAAGGCCCAGCAAGGCCUGCUGCCACUGCAAGGCCAGGCUCCUCAAGAUGGAGGAGGGAUUCAGCCCUGUCCCAACAGACUUUGGGUGGGGGGGAAGGGGCUGAAGACAUCUCAGCCCUGUGGAGUUGACACCUAUGUCACUGAAUGAUGUAGGCUGUGGGAGGUCCUUGGAGUUGGUUAGCAGCAUGGAGGAGGAGCAGGAGAGCCGGGGAAGACAGACUGAAAUGAAGAGACACCGAGGAUGGCUUUUUGCUGCCCUUUGAAUCCAAUGCUGCACUCAAGAGGGGAGCCAGACCCUCAUAGGAAGUGAAUGCCCUACAAUCCCUCCAUCUAGGGACAGGUUGUUUAUAUGUGUAAAUAAAGCCAUAUGUCAUAAGGACAUCAUAGUCUCAGCUGUGUCAUCUUGUCCCAAAAGGGAACACAGACUUUGGUAAGCAUGCCAGAUACCCCUGGAAUCUCCACAAUUCUCAGUGUUUCCCCUGCAGAUAUGCAAAAAAGGGACUAUGCAUAAUUCCAUACUGGAGAAUUAUAGACAACAUUCAUGUGGUUAAGCAUCUUUUGCAUGGGGACAGUAGAAGCCAUUUUCAUUGAGGGUUUUUUGACGGCUGCAGAUGGAAAGUUAAUGUGAUCAUUGUUUCUCCAGAUCCGUCACUGACAGUUAGAGCAGAUAUUACUGGAAGAUAUUCCAACCGCCUCUAUGCUUACGAGCCUUCAGACAUUGCAUUACGUAAGUAUUUCCUAGCAGAGCUUUUCGCAUAGAUUUGGAACAAAGGAAGGUCUGAAAUUCUGCUUUGGAGAUCCCUCCAGUUGCACAAUAGCAUUGCAAAAUGUGCAUAAAAUAGUAAUAAAUGCUGGUGAAUUUUCAUGAUGACUUCUUUUUUAAAAAAAAUCACAAACUGAUGUGGAAAUGUAGACAACUGAAUUUAAGACUGGGAAAAUGUGGAAUUGAGAGAAAACUAAAUGGCUAGAUUUCACCAUCCUGAAGUCUGAAUAAAUAUGCAUAGCAACACAUAGAAAAUGACUGAUGCCAUUUAUGUAGAUGGUUUAGAGUCUGCCGUUUUCGAUAUGGAUUCCGUGUGAAUGCCAGCUGAAACCGGUAAUCCAUCCACAUAAAUGGUCCAACAUGGUGCAAUUUGUUUCCAUGCCACUGCCAAAAUAUUCCCAGAGCAAGUUCUGCACCUGAGAUGACCCACAUGAUGGAGUCCUAUGCACAAUAAUGGCUCACCGCAUGGGAACCUCAGCAUGAAAAGCACCAUUAAAUCCAUUUAAAUCCAUGUUAUCCAAUUUAACUGAGUUGUCAAUGAUGUGUGGACCAUUAACAGUAUGCACUGCUUCUGCUAUUGUAAAUGCUGGGAAAUUAAAGUGAGAUUUGGUUUAUUGCAAUUUGCAUAAUUUAGGAAGUUCAAACUGAUGUGCAUUACAUGCAAGAUUACUUUUUGUACAACACCCUCCCCCCGCCUCCCUGAUUUAUGAUCUGUUUGUUUUUCUAGUGUAUGCAAAUAUGCAGAAAGCUCUGAAGUUGUUGAAGACUGAAUUGUAAAGAAAGAAAACAGACACACUCUCAGGUCUUCCACCUCUAACGCAGCGUAUGAAAAAAUAGUUCACACCGAAGAGAAUGCGUAGGCUUCCCUUGGAUGUGCAUAUCAACAACUCACCGUAUGCAUAACUUCCAGGAGGAUAACUGUGUUAUAAAUACUCAUUUGUAACUGUGUGGUAUUAUGUAUUGAUUGCUUUUAUAAAAUAAGACUAAAAGCACUGUAUGCUCUUUUCUAUAAAUCAAGAUUAAAAAGAAAAACACUUUAUGG